AUGUCAGACAUAGAGAGAUGCUUGGAGAGGCAAGAGCGAGAAAUUAAAGAAAGAAGGCAUAGACGAGUUGAAGAAAAAAGAGUGCAGCAAGAAGAAGAUGAACAAGUUGCCAUUGCAAUGGGUUUACUCGAUCUACCAAGCCAAAGCCGCCGCCGUUGUUCACAAGUCGGGCGUGGCCGGACGUGGACAGACAUAUGCAUUCUUUGGUGUGAUGCUGCUGGGGUUUUGGGGCUUUUUCAAGAGCAAAAGCUUACAGCUGUUAUACGAAUGUUAGUGUAUGGUUCAUCUGCUGAUCAGGUGGAUGAGAUUGCUAGGACUAUAAAAAGCUUGGUCAGAUUCUGUGAUGCAAUUGAAACUCUCUACAACAGGGACUACCUUCAAAAACCUACGCAUAGGGACCUCUAA